UGCAGCUUACUCACCUGCUUUUUCCUAGAACCCAACCUCCAACUAACCACGGUCAAGGAACUGUCGCGGUUUAUUCGCCACCUCGGGCCGCGAUAUUGCGUGCUUUGAUUACGCUCGCGAUCGUUUGCUCUUUCGUGACGAUGGGUCCAGCUUUUCGCGCCAGUGGAUUUAGGUUAUACGCGAUCAUCGCAGAUUUUACGAAUUUGAGGAUGUGGGUGAUACGCGAGAAGGAGAUUACGUCGCGUCGAUUUUGUAGCUGGACUUCGUUGAAGCUUCGCCGCGAUUGCACGAGCACCGGCAGCAAGGUGCUUCGAAAGAAAUUGACGCCGAUGGGUCGCUAACUGCACCGAUUAGCCAAGCGUUUAGAUGUCGCACUAAAUGCUGACCUUGGCUAUCUGCAUGUGCUUUGUUGACAAUAGCCAGGAUUUAAGAUGUCCCGAAAUCAUAAGGAUAAAUAUGAAACUACCAACCCAUGUCGUUUACACACUAUUAUGUCUGCGGAGGAUGCAAAUUCUGGGAAGAAAUCUUAUUGGCCGGAAUUGGAGAUAACAGGCAGCAUAAGGAAUUUAAGCCCAAAUUUAUGGCGAAUGACCCAUCUAACUUCGCUUUAUCUUAAUGAUAAUAAUUUGCAAAGGAUACCUGGAGAAAUUGGCCUUUUAGUCAACUUGAGAGUGCUUGAUCUUAGUAGCAACAAACUCCGCAGCUUACCUGCUGAACUUGGGGAUCUCAUCUAUCUCAGGGAGCUGUCAUUGAAUAAAAAUUUCCUUCGUGUGUUACCAUAUGAAUUGGGAAAGUUGUUCCAAUUACAAGUGCUAGGACUUCAUGGCAAUCCACUCAACAAGGAUAUUGUGGCAAUCUAUGACGAACCGAUGGGGAUCAGCAAGCUGCUUACGUAUUUGCUGGAUCAUUUACAAGUGAACACAGGCCUUCCACCGCAGAGACCAUGGAUUCCAUUGACUAGACCCAACCGCUCGAGACCAACGUGUAUAUUCACGGUGAUGUGUUACAACGUCCUGAGCGACAAGUACGCAACGCGUCAGAUGUAUGGCUACUGUCCAAGCUGGGCAUUGGAUUGGGACUAUCGUAAGAAGGGUAUCUUGGACGAGAUACGCCAUUACGCAGCCGACAUCAUCAGUCUGCAGGAGGUGGAGACGGAUCAGUUCUACAACUUCUUUUUGCCGGAACUUAAAGUGGACGGCUACGAAGGCAUAUUCUCGCCCAAGUCUCGAGCCAAAACUAUGGCGGAGAACGACCGCAAGUUCGUCGAUGGUUGCGCCAUUUUUUACAGAACUGCCAAAUUUACCUUGAUCAAGGAGCACCUCGUAGAAUUCAAUCAGCUGGCAAUGGCGAACGCCGAGGGAUCAGACAACAUGCUCAAUCGAGUCAUGCCUAAGGACAACAUUGGCCUUGCGGCUUUGUUGAGGACCAAGGAAGCCGCUUGGGAUAAUGGUAUUCCCUCGGAUCCAGCUCAAGUGCAGCAGCCCAUAUUGGUCUGUACCGCCCAUCUGCACUGGGACCCGGAGUACUGCGACGUGAAACUUAUCCAGACGAUGAUGCUGAGCAACGAGCUCAAGUCCAUUCUCGACCAGGCCGGCCAGCAGUUCAGGCCUGGCCACAAGUCCGACCCAUCCAACGUCCAGCUGCUGCUGUGCGGCGACUUCAACUCGUUACCCGACUCCGGUGUAAUCGAGUUCCUGACCUCGGGCCGUGUCGCCGCCGACCAUCGCGACUUCAAGGACCUGCCCUACAAGUCCUGCCUGCAAAAGAUCUCCGGCUGCGACAAGUCCAACGAGUUCACGCACUCGUUCAAGCUCGCCUCCGCCUACAGCGAGGACAUCAUGCCCUACACCAAUUACACGUUCGACUUCAAGGGGAUUAUAGAUUACAUUUUUUACUCGAAGCAGUGCAUGGUGCCGCUAGGUCUGCUUGGGCCGCUCAGCGUGGACUGGCUCAGGGAUCACAAAGUGGUUGGAUGUCCGCACCCUCACGUGCCGUCGGACCACUUCUCGCUGCUGGUGGAACUGGAGAUGUCGCCGACCGUAGGUACGAGUAACGGCUUGAUACCACGCAGGUAGCAGCUCCUGCGACCUAGGCCCAAGUAAUUACACGACAGCGUUGAGUAUUGGCGUGGCGCAAGUGCGAACGAAAGAGGGAUAGAGGUUCAAUUGAGGGAACGACAGCAACAUCAUACACGAGACCGGGAGUGAACGUCGUCAAAUGUUUAUCGACUAUUUUUAAUCUUUGAUUGCGCAUCUCGCUCGACAGUGACGUUAACGCACGCGACAACAAUCCUGAACGUCGCUCCUUCUCUUCGCCUAUUUUGGCUCCAGCAAUAUCGUCACACAGACACUCGAACAACCACAUACGUUUACGUGCAUGAGACCAACGUACAUAGGGACUACGAGAAUCAAAAGAAAAACACUUGGAAUACAAAUAAACACACACACACACACGCUCACGUACCCACGCACACGGACACGGACACGGACAAUUCGUGGACACUUUAGCGAGUGUAUAAAAAUGAAAGAAAAGGAGGAGGACGAGAGGCGUGCGCGACGUGUAGCCCAUGUAUAGUGUAUUGCAUUUUUAGCGUAGAGUGAUGAGAGCAAUGUAAGUGCGUGCUUGAGUAUGCGAGUGAGUGAAUAAGCGAGUGAGAGAGAAUGCGAGACCUAUAUCGAGACACCCUAUUUGUGUAGAUAAGCGCCUAUUUUCCUACGACAAGCCUGUCACGAGGGGGAUGGACGACUCUGUGAUAUCAUCUGUCGACGCGUCGAUGUUACAGGACGUACACCUAAACACACUCAUACGACAUACACACAAAAGCACGCACCAACGAAAUCACCCUUACAGAUGCAGAUCGUGGAGCGGAGGCAAUUCGGCAAAUUUUUCAUGCACAUAUUUUAACGAAAUAACGAAAACCUAAAGAUAGACAAAGAAAUAAACAAAAUAAAAAGAAACGCUGCCAUCCAACCGGAAUAAAAAUAACGAAAAAAAAAAAAAACAAGCGAGAAUCUGAGAUGAAAAGCUGUAUUUUUCAAAUAGUAACAUACACGCUACACUGGGCUGUGCGAAGUGAUUGAACGUUGACUUAAAACAAUUUUAAAUGCAAGUACAAAUCUGUUCUUAUUGGCCACAUAUAUAUAACGUAUAUCGUCGAUAAUACUAUACAUAAGGGCGUAAGAGUAUAGAUGACGCAUGUGUAAAAGUAGGAAAGUGUAAUAUGUAAGUAAAAAAGCUUAGGAUGUAAACGUAUGUCACAGCGUCUCUUCGACAUGAAUAUCAAUUAUUAGGCAAGUUUUUAUUUUCUUGUUUUCUUUUCUUUUUUUUUCGAUUUUUUGUACAUGUACACACUUACAUGCGUGCGUGUCGUCUAUCACCUUGUUUUCUCUCUGUGGACGAAGUAAAAUAAAAUGAAGCGCUUUUUUUAUCAUUGAGCAUGUACUUAGACAAGUGUUGCAUUUUCCACGCUCAUCAUCGAUUCGUGCAAUCAUUACUUUCGUGAGAAAGUACUUGUAAAAUAGUCGAAAAAAAUAUUUCUAAAAGUCUUUUCUGAUGAAUUAAAGCUAAUUAUACACAGUGUAAGGGGCGAGAAAAUUUUACUUUUUAUAAACUUAUUUUUACAGUCGAAGCAUGUGACAUUUGCACAACUUGAACAAGACUUUUAGAUAUAUAUUUAUUUAAACGUACGACAUAAGAUCAUUUAUUCAUGUACAUAAUAAUUUUUAUCGCUUCUAAUGGUGAUCAUGAUUGUAUUUAAAACUCUGUAAUACUAUUCUAAGAAGUUACAAUCGAAAUUCAUUGACAAAAUAGAUUAUUGUCUGAUUUACUCCAUUUCUGAUGACUUUUAUCUUCGUACAUAGGUGCAUCAAAAUACUCCCGCUAUUUCGUUGAAUGCUUCUUCAGCAAAGAACGUUAUCAAUUGUACAAUCUACUAGGCAUUUUCUUUCUGUUUUUUAAACAUCAACAGUCCAUCAUUGUUAUCGAAUCUUCGUAAAACGAACAAAGUUGCAAUAUGGUAUUGUGUGAACUUUAAUUAUGCCCUGAUUUGCGUAUUACAAUAUUUUCAAUUUUCUUUUAUUAAAAAAAACAAAAGCCGAAAAUAUGCGAUAUUAUUGUAUUUCAAACUGAACGAACUUUCAAAUCUUAUUUUAUCAUAAGCUUGACAAUAUCAGCAACUAUUCAAAGUAAAUUAAUUUGAAUUAUUUGCAGUAAAUUUGGUAAAUGUAUACCAAUUUAAUUUUUGUUUGUUUUAGAUUUACAUUUUUCAACAAUAAUUUCAUAUACUUUCAUACACAAUUUAUUUCGGUAAAUUUCUAUAAAUUUACAUGUUUACAAUACAGAAAUCGCUACACAGUAGCACAGUAUUGUUUUCUAAAAAUGAAAAUAUUAUAAAUUCAAUGAAGCGUUGAAUAUUGUACAAUGAGUGGGAAUAUAAUGAAUGUAUGAACUUGAAUGAUUAUGUUUAAGAUCUGUAGAGUGAUUUUGUAUUGACUCUUUGCAAUUCAAUAUAGACAGUGCUGUUUGAUUAUUAAAUUUUAUCGCGAUAUAUAACUAAUGGAAGAAGAGACAGACUGACUUAAAUUCUUAGUAUUUAUUAAUAUUCAGAGUCUACUGAGAAAAAGUUGUAACAAAUAUCGUCGGUAAAGUAAUUGAGACUUUUUGUACUGCUUCAAAUACCCAUCAAAUUCAUGGCUUAUUAGUGUCUUACCUUCAUAGUUAUCACUAACCAGCCUCAAACAAGAAAAGAUAUCAGAAUUAUAAAAAAUAUUUAUAAACAGAUGCUUAUUUAUAUCUUUAUUAUAGAGAAGUUUAUCAACGAAGGAACAAAAGAAGCAACUAGGUCACACUAGGAAAUUUUUUACACAUGAUUCUUAGAAGAAAAAGUCAGGAGCAUUAUAUACAAAAAUAAAAAAAAUGAGAAUACAGUGGAAACUAUGAAUACUUGUUAGCUGUCCGUGUAGAAAAAAAACUAUACAAAUUAGCAUUAAAUUAGUUUUAAGGCAAAGUGGCAACAAGUUCUCGGGAGAAAAUGUAUCUGUACGUCCUGUUAUUUUACAUCUAUCGAUAAUACGUUCUCCUCGUGUCAAUCCAAUUGACGGUUGAUUCACGUAAUACAUUCGCGAUCUACGUUUAGGGCCUAAAAUGUUGUAUAUUACUGAUGUCAAUCAAAUUACCAUUGUAAAAAUUCGAACAAUUCGUGUUUCGUCUGGACAUUUACUAUUCGCUUCUAAAUUUAUUACAAUUUUAUAUCAUCCAUAUUUCUUAAUAACUGAUUUAUUUCUUUUACGGUUUCGUUGCAUUACGUUCUCUAGUUUUUACAAAUCAGUUUUGAAUGUCGCGUUCUUUCUUCAAACUAUUUUUUACCAAUACUUUUUUAUACAAAUAAAAUAAUAUUUGUGAUAGGCUACUACUCAUUGUUAGAAAAGAAAUGAGAUUACGUUAAUGAUAUGUUUCUGGGUCGUCUUGGAUUAUAUAUAGUUUAUGAUCAAUGCGUAUUGUAAAGUGGAAUAAAUACGAUGAUCAACUUUUUAAGUCGCAAAUAUAUUGCGAAAUCGCUAGAGCAUAAAAUAAGCUCGUAAAUCAUUUUGUUUUUCAUAUAAGUCAGUGAGCAAUAAUUGGCAUGGCAUAGAAACAGAAAUUAAUAAUCAUUACACAUUGCCAAUAAUGUUUUUUCAAACAAAGUGACUGCGAGCUAGCCUUUUUUGCUAUCCCUACGAAAUAAACAAGCACUUUUGAAUGACUCAACCUUCUUUUUUUAAAAAUCAUAACCAUCUAUAGAUUUAUUUUUCACUGUGAGAAAAGCAAAAACGAACACUCUCAUCACAGUUUCGCUCUCUAAAAUCGAUUUCUAAAAAUAAAAGAUGCGAUAGCACUUCACUUAGGGAUAAUCCAUAUAUAUCCACUGACAAGCGACUCACACAGAUCUCUUGCACGUUCAACUUUGAAUACAUUAGCUUAUUCCUUCUUGGAUACGUAAAACUUUUUAUUGUCUAGUUACUCUUUGAAUGAAUGAACGUGUUCAAAAAGUACAUAUAGCCUUUUAGUACUGAUUAUGUUUAGAUAGAUAAUUUUGUUUACCUUUUCUUUCUAUUGUCCACAGUUUCAAAGUAUAAGCGUUUGCUUUCGUUUAGAUAUUUUAUGACCAAUGACCAUGCAAUGCACCCGAUUCGCGAUGUCAAUGUCUGAUUUAAUGAACAACGAUGUGCAUAAAGUUUAGUGACCAAAAACAAAUAUAUACAUUACAUUGUAAUUAACGAGCCCCAGUAUAAUAGUUAAAUAGGCUGUAGGUGGAAGAUGAUUUUAAACGGGCUGUAUAAGUGUAAUUUAGGUGAUGCUGUCUGUACGGUGCCAUAUGUUUCUUUAAUCGAAUUUUUAUUUCUGACUCAGUUGUAAUAUUGACAAAUAUUGAAUACCAACGAAAAAGUAAUCAUAUGAAAUAUUCGUAAUUUUGUUCAACCAAAUUCGUCGCAUUUGUUGUGCUAUUUUUAAUGUUUUUCAUAAAGUAAAUUAUAUUCAAGUUAUGUAAUCACUAUAAAAAUGUAAACAUGUGGCACUUGAUUCAAGGCAGCCUAGCAACUCCACUUCCAUGGAUCUAGUGGUCUAAGUAUUGUAAUAUAAUAAUAUUAAUAAGUAUAUUAAUAAUGAGCAUAAUAAUAAUCAUUAUAGUAAAAAUAAUAUUGUAAAAUGCGUUUAAAAACGAGCACAGUACAUUUAAGUAUGUACUUUUUUAAGCGACAAACGAGAAGAAUAAUAAAUCGUGGCAGAAGUUUUAGCAAAUCAAAUAAGGUGAAUCGAAUUAACCACUACUCUUUUACGUUACAAAAUAUUACCAACAUAAUUUAAGAUAAACGGGCGUCCAGAGGAGGUCGCUAUCAACAAUUCAGCUUUAUCUACGCUAUGAUUUUUCGAUAUUUUGACUCCAAGUAGUCUUAAUAAACUGUGAUACAUAAUUUAUAAUUGCCCUGCGAAAAUUCAUAUUUUUAUUGAGCCGAUCAACUAAUAAGUUUCCAUUGAAAUUGAAGCAACGAAAGUGUAUUCUCAAACAGAAAAUAGCAAAAACACAAUAUCACGUUCAUCCCUCACAAAAUCCACUCAAAAAUCGAAGUCAGAGCGCUGAAAAAGCAGAAAAUGAACGUUCAAACUCCGGUAAAAGCUCUUGCAAACGUUCGAUUAAUGUCUUUUAUACAAGGUAGAGGCAAACCAAAAAGUAAUCGCGUCUGACGUUUUCAAAUUUUCUAAUGUAUAGCAUCGAACGCCGAAACUCUUGGUUUACUUGAAAUUUCAUUACCGGAAAGAGGAUCAACCACUAGACGCCUGAAUUUCUAAUCGUGGAUUCUCGAACAGUUGCUUGGUCGGCUAUUGGGUUCGUUACUUGGAAAACGUUGAAAGCAAACGAUACAACUAAUUCAGCGUUAAACUUUCAUCAAAAUGAACUCGACGCAAUUCCAAACACAUGUUCAUAUUCCAUGUACUUGCAUCCAGUUGUACAGUCGAAAGAAAGUCUCCGUUCCAUAUAUAGCUUGUAAAAUGCAUUUUUAAGCUUCGUAAAUAAAAGGAAGGGGAAAAAAAUUGAAUUGAAACCACGCUGCUCGAGGAUUCAGGAUAGCUGUAAACGCAAGAAAACAGAGUGAGCCAGUUGUAAAAUCAGAAAAAAAGCCUUCUGCGAGUCGGCGAAUUUGCCGCGGUUUCAGCCACUCGCUUGACUAACUAUGUUAAUGGCAUUAUUUGAAGGCGAAGUUUUUUCGUAGUUUUAGGCGCCACCGUAUACGCAACUGUACAUUGAGUUCUUUUAUAUUUUUUUACAGUCUUGGACAGGAAAAAAACUCGCAUUCAAUGCAGUGUAUUGUGUUGCGAUUGCGGUUUGCGAGUGGGCCAUGUCCGUUGAGUUUUUCGGCCCGCAGAGAAGGCUUGACUUUUGUAUUAUAAAACUGUACAAAAAGCAUUGUUACAUUUUAAGCCGUUGAAAAUAUGACGUAUAUGGAUUUGAGAGCAACUCUGUUUUCUUCAAAAUCACCGCGCGAUAUUUUAUUGUAAGUUGUAAAGGCACGAAAAUAAUUAAGAGUAUGGAUAAUUAAUUUUAAUCAUUAAUAAACGAUAAAAAUAAUAAAUAAUAUGACUACGAGUAAUGACUAACAUAAUAUCAAGGUUUAUCUAAAUAGUAAAUAAUGAAGUGUGAAAUUCCGUCAGUUUUUUGUCAACUUUCGUCGAAAUUUUAAAGCUCACUCUCGUAUCAUUUUCACCGCUUGUCAUCUUACGCAAUAUUCACGAUAACUUGUUGUAUUCACGUAUACUUUGAUUUCUUCUCUGUUUGGAAAAAUGCAAUGAUUGUAUAUGGGCUGCGUCUGAAUCAUGAUUGAAUGUAACGAUUUAUUAAAUAAAUAAAAAUAAAUGGAAAAAAACACGAAAUAAAAAUCGAAAAAAUUAAAUAAUC